AUGCCACCACGGGAGCAGUUGCCUAAUCAGUUGCCACAACAGCAGAUGAAAGAGCAGCAGAUGAAGGAGCAGCCUAGACCGGAGCAGAUGCAAGAGCAGCAGAUGAAGGAGCAGCCUAGACCGGAGCAGAUGCAAGAGCAGCAGAUGAAGGAGCAGCCUAGACCGGAGCAGAUGCAAGAGCAGCAGAUGAAGGAGCAGCCUAGACCGGAGCAGAUGCAAGAGCAGCAGAUGAAGGAGCAGCCUAGACCGGAGCAGAUGCAAGAGCAGCCUAGACCGGAGCAGAUGCAAGAGCAGCAGAUGAAGGAGCAGCCUAGACCGGAGCAGAUGCAAGAGCAGCAGAUGAAGGAGCAGCCUAGACCGGAGCAGAUGCAAGAGCAGCAGAUGAAGGAGCAGCCUAGACCGGAGCAGAUGCAAGAGCAGCAGAUGAAGGAGCAGCCUAGACCGGAGCAGAUGCAAGAGCAGCAGAUGAAGGAGCAGCCUAGACCGGAGCAGAUGCAAGAGCAGCAGAUGAAGGAGCAGCCUAGACCGGAGCAGAUGCAAGAGCAGCAGAUGAAGGAGCAGCCUAGACCGGAGCAGAUGCAAGAGCAGCAGAUGAAGGAGCAGCCUAGACCGGAGCAGAUGCAAGAGCAGCAGAUGAAGGAGCAGCCCAGACCGGAGCAGAUGCAAGAGCAGCAGAUGAAGGAGCAGCCUAGACCGGAGCAGAUGCAAGAGCAGCAGAUGAAGGAGCAGCCUAGACCGGAGCAGAUGCAAGAGCAGCAGAUGAAGGAGCGGCAGAGACAGGAGAAGAUGAAGGAGCGGCAGAUGGAAGAGAAGCGGAAUCAGAAACAAAUGCAACAGCAGCACAUGAUGAACAAUAAGCGAAUGGAACAGCAGCAGAUGCAACCACAGCAGACGCAACAGCGACAGAGGCAGCUGCAGAUGCAACAACAGGAGAUUCCACAGCAGUUGCCACAGCCUUAUACAGCACUGCUACAGUCAUACUUACCACAAGCAGUAGCACAAGGUGAGACUGCAGCUGGUCCAUCAGAGUCUGGACAGGAGGGGGAGCUGGUGAUGGAGGAGAGGGGGUUGAGGGAGGGGGGAGAGGAGGGGGAGGGGGAGGGGGAGGAGGAGGAGGAGGAGGAGGAGGAGGAGGAGGAGGAGGAGGAGGAGGAGGAGGAGGAGGAGGAGGAGGAGGAGGAGGAGGAGGAGGAGGGCCUUCCUGCUGUCACUCCAUUCCCGUGUGGUGAUACCAUUGGUCGCUUUUCUAUCCCGCAGCAGAAUUCACCAUGUGCUGGAACUGGUGGGACAGGUUUGCUGGGCUUUGGUGUGCCAGGAGCAGGUACAGUCAGGGUUAAAGGGUUGGGAAUUGAGGGCGUGGCAGCAGAUGCAGAGCAGUCCUAUGCGUGUGCGGAGCAGUUUGUUCAGCAGCUUGUGAAGGUUGAAGAAGCAAAUGAUGCUGGAGUCGGUGGGGUUUGUGCUACAGAACGUAAGCAAGGAGCAGAAGAAGGGGAGAUUUGUACAGGGGAAGAAAUCAGUGGGAGCAGGAGGAAGGUGGGGACGAUGGAGGAGGAGGAGGAGAAGGAGGCAGAGGAGGAGGAGGAGGGGAGUGUGAUGGAGAUGACGACAAGAAUUGAUGGGCAUUUCGCUUGCCUUGUUUCUCGUCAUGGUAUGAGCAGUGCAGGUGGUGCUGGGUUUGCUUGUGGUUUGGAUGCUGUGGGUACUUCGAUUCGUAUAUCUUCUACAGGUGAAAGUGUGGGUAGUGGACAUAGCAGCAUAUUAGCUGCUUCCAGUGUUGCCAAUGCUGCCGGUGUUGCCGGUGCUGCUGGUGUUGCCAGUGCUGCUGGUGUUGCCGGUGCUGCUGGUGUUACCUGCGCUCCUGCAGAGGAUGUGGAUGGACUGGAUGCAGAUGGCACAGCAGCAGCAGCAGCAGCAGCAGCAGCAGCAGCAGCAGCAGCAGCAGCAGCAGCAGCAGCAGCAGCAGCAGCAGCAGCAGCAGCAGCAGCAGCAGCAGCAGUGGCGGCGGCAGCAGAAUCAGGAGCAGCAGCAGCAGCAGCAGCAGCAGCAGCAGCAGCAGCAGCAGCAGCAGCAGCAGCAGCAGCAGCAGCAGCAGCAGCAGCAGCAGCAGCAGCAGCAGCAGCAGCAGCAGCAGCAGCAGCAGCAUCAGCAUCAGCAUCAGCAGCAGCAGCAGCAGCAGCAUCAGCAUCAGCAUCAGCAUCAGCAUCAGCAUCAGCAUCAGCAUCAGCAUCAGCAUCAGCAUCAGCAUCAGCAUCAGCAUCAGCAUCAGCAUCAGCAUCAGCAUCAGCAUCAGCAUCAGCAUCAGCAUCAGCAGCAGCAGCAGCAGCAGCAGCAGCAGCAGCAGCAGCAGCAGCAGCAGCAGCAGCAGCAGCAGCAGCAGCAGCAGCAGCAGCAGCAGCAGCAGCAGCAGCAGCAGCAGCAGCAGCAGCAGCAGCAGCAGCAGCAGCAGCAGCAGCAGCAGCAGCAGCAGCAGCAGCAGCAGCAGCAGCAGCAGCAGCAGCAGCAGCAGCAGCAGCAGCAGCAGCAGCAGCAGCAGCAGCAGCAGCAGCAGCAGCAGCAGCAACCACAGCAGCAGCAGCAGCAGCAGCAGAAGGAGCAGGAGCAGGAGCAUCAGCAGCAACAUCAGCACCAACAACAGCAGCAGCAGCAACAGCAGCAGCAAGAGCAACAGCAGCAGAAACAACAUCAGCAGCAGCUGCAGCAGCAGCAGAAGGAGCAGGAGCAGGAGCAUCAGCAGCAACAUCAGCACCAACACCAGCAGCAGCAGCAACAGCAGCAGCAAGAACAACAGCAGCAGAAAAAACAUCAGCAGCAGCAGCACCUUGUGUCAAGCAUCUCGCAAUGGAUUUCUCUGCGCUUGAAGGCUGGAAAAAGGGGUAA